AUGCCCGUCACCGAACUCGCCCGCCUGCGCCUCCACAAGGGCACCACGGCCUCGACGCCGUCGUUGCGCGCGCAUCUCGCGCAGGCCAAGACAGCGAUGGAACAGGCCAGCGGACAUGAAUUCUGGUAUUACCACUGCAUCGAGGACCCCGAGGUGAUCUUCAUCCUGGGAUCGUGGCCGUCCGUCGAGUUCCACAUGCGCGAGUUCAUCCCCGGCGCAGAGAACCAGGAAAUCCUCCGCCUGCUUGGGGACCAGGUCACGGUGGAGUGGAUGUUUCAUGUCGACAUUGACCAGCGCGUCGACCCGCUGCCGCUUCGCCAUGACGUCCUCACGGUUGAUCGGUUGUUCGUCAAGGACGGGCACAGGGGCCAGUUCGCGGCUGUGGUACAGGACAUCAGACACGCCUUGGAGUCAGUGGUGGGGGAACCGGGGCGGAUCGCAGGGGGAUGGCGCCUCGACAGAGGAUACGAUCCUUCAAAUGAAGGCGAGGACCUAGAGGAGCAGCAGUUCGUCCUCUUCACUGGCUGGGAGAGCAUGGAACAAUACGUGGAAUGCUUCUUCGGACAGUCAGUCAAUCUGGCAUUCUUCGCCUCACCUCUUCUUUACCAAAACAUCCCCACUGUGCGCACAGUGACCGAUCGAACCGGCCGCAGCUAUUCGGUCACUGAGACGCCUAGCCGCUCAUUUCGGGAUCAACCCUCUCGUCGCCGUACCAUAGUCGGGGUUUCCAACGAACUCAGUGACGGCUCCCGCACCCAGCGGUCCUCCGAGAACAUCUACAGAGGUUCCUCGCUGCAGUCUGCGCCCAUCUACAAAAAAGGAGGAAGUAUGUCGAAAGUCGUGAGAAGUGUUAAAAAUGUCACCAAGGGAUACAGUAGCGUUCAGGUCAAGGUGCGAAAUGCUACCUCCAACGAUCCAUGGGGCCCGACGGGUACGGACAUGGCUGAGAUUGCAGCCCUCACAUUCAACAACCCGAGUGACUUCUACGAGAUCAUGGAUAUGCUCGAUAAGCGGCUGAACGACAAAGGCAAGAACUGGCGACAUGUGCUGAAGUCAUUGAAAGUCCUCGACUAUUGUCUGCACGAGGGCUCGGAAUUGGUGGUCACCUGGGCUAGAAAGAACAUUUACAUCAUCAAGACAUUGCGAGAGUUCCAAUAUAUUGAUGAAGAUGGCAGAGACGUGGGACAAAACGUCCGCACAUCUGCCAAAGAAUUGACUGCACUCAUCCUGGACGAGGAUCGUCUGCGCAGCGAACGCUCCGACCGCAAAUUGUGGAAGGCCCGUGUUGCUGGAAUUGACGAAUAUGCGACGCAGGCCAUCGCUGGUCCUACCUAUCCUCAACGCAGUCAAAAGCGUAACGAUCAAGCAGACGCUAUUACCGCCAAGGAGCAAAGAGAUCUUGAGCAGGCAAUUUACGACAGCGCCCAGGACGAGGCUCGCAGGCGUCGAAACGAGCAGGAUGAUGAACAAGAUCCGGAUGUCCAGAGAGCGAUACAGCUCAGUAAGGAGGAAGCGGAGCAACGUGCCCGGAAGCUUGAGGAGCAGAACGCUGCUUUACUUGUGGAUGACGCGCCCACGCCACCACCAGCGCAGAAUCAGCCAACUGGAUACAAUCAGGGCUACCAACAACAGCCUGCUGUGGAUUGGUUUGGUAACCCACUCCAACAGCAACCACAGAGCACCGGCUUCUUGAACAACCAAUACGCCCAACCACAGCAGACGGGGUUUCAAAACGGGUUCGCCAAUGGCUUUCAGCCUGUCCAAGCGACAGGAUAUGAUCAAUUUGGCCAGCCAUCAUUCUUGCAGCAGCAGAACACUAUCCAACCUCAGCAGACUGCGUUCCAGACCAACAAUCCGUAUGGUGUGCAGCCUUCUGGUGACCUGUUCGGAAUCCAGUCACCUCAGCAAAAUCACCUCCAGCCUGGAACAAACAACCCUUGGGCCAGUCCAUCACCCCAAACCCCGGCUGCACUAAAGCCGUUGCCUACCGGGUCAAAUAAUCCCUUCGCACAGAGAGCGCAGCAGUCAUCCCCAUCGCCCUUCGCCCGGCCAAGCACUCAGCCUUCAUUGGGCACUCUGUUCGAGUCACAGCCCACUACGCAAUUUACCCAGCCUUCCCAACCCAAUCCAAUCACGAAUUACUCAGCACCGCAGCCGACCUUCCAGCAUCAACCCAACCCAAUCACAAAUUACUCAGCACCACAGCCGACCUCCCAGCAACAACAAAAGCCAGUCAAUCCACAACAUGCCAAGCUCAAUGCCUUGUUGGCUUCAGGGGAAGGGCAGGAUACAUUUGGAAACACAGGCGAUCUGCGUAUUCCAGCCCAACAUACCGCACCAGGAACGUUUGUCAAUUCGGCUGGGCAAGGUCUCGAUCGCCUGCGCGCUGCACAAACCGGCACCAAUCCUUUCUUUUCAGCCCAGGCUACCGGGUUUGGCCAACAAAUGCCAGCUCAAACCGGGCCAGGCGGUGCAUUUGCGGGCGGGUAUGGUCAGCAGAACAAUCCGUACGGAGCUCGGCUGGCUGGUCAACAGGGUGGGAGUUUGAUUGACCUGUAA